UCCUUUCGCUCGAUCGAGAAGAAAAAUAAAAAUAGUAAUCGAGGGAAAUGCGUGCCACUUUGAGCAUAAUUGACGGUAUUCAGUUCUCGUCGCUGAAUCUGGUAUUUGGGUUGUGAGCAUAUCAGCAAUGACGUACAGUGUCCUCAGAGUAUCUCAAUUUGUAGUAAUCACCCUCCUAGUCGCAUGUAUCAUCACUGAUUCGUGUAAAACUAGCAAAUUCAAAUCAAAAAUGACUGUUGUAAAUUCAUCAGCUGACAUCCAAGGUCUCCUAGACAUCGAGACACCUGUUGGGGCCAGACUCUCGGGAAAAUAUCGCAAGAGCUUUGGGUAUAAAACCAUGAAGGAUAGAGCUCCAGUGAUAUUAACUAAAGUUAUAGACACAAUGAGCAGAAAUAAGGAAUCAAUCAUCAACAAGUACGGAGAGGAAGCGUCUGCGGAAUUGAAACAAGUCAUGGGGAAUAUCAGCCAAUUGAGGAGUGAAUUAAUGACCAAUAAACCAUUGCAACUGUUAAUUUUAUCGGACAGCGAGAAAGACGGAGAUGCAAGACUCUGGAAUGAUCGCAUUCGUGAUAAGGCAAUUAACGAUUCGUCACCAGUUACGUGGUUUGAGACCGAUUGGCUACUCUGCGAGACAUACAUGUAUAGAAGAUUACGGCAGAUUUACGCAUUGACGCAAAAUUUAUCAUCACUGGAUUGUUUCGAGGAGCAAAAGGAGUACGCAUUUACCAGUGCAUUGAACUCGAUAUCAGCGCUCGCUAAAUAUACACUGGACCUCGCAAAUAAAACUGACAAUCACAUCAGUAGUGCAAACAAAGAAGAUUUUAUAGCAUUGAUGAAGUUGAAUCUCUGGGGUAAUAGAUGUGACCUGUCACACAGUGGUGGCGUCGCAGUUAAUGCCUCUCAACAUUGUGCACCAAUGGACAGAUUGUCGAUGAUUGACCCCAAUCUAUUAAUUGACAAUACCUCGUCCGUCUGGGAUCUGCUUACUAAGGCGGCCACCGGCAGGGAUGUAAUUAUCGAUGUGGUACUAGAUAAUGCUGGAUAUGAAUUAUUCACCGACCUGUCUCUUGCUUUAUUUGUGACACGUCAUAAACUCGCUACUAAAAUUCGAUUCUACGUGAAGAAUCAUCCCUGGUACAUAAGCGAUGUAACAGCGAAGGAUUGUCGAUGGACGAUUGAAUCCAUGAAAAAUUCAACAAAUUCCAAACUUCAAGAAUUCGGAAAGAUCUGUGGAGAUUAUUUCGAUAGUGGCACCUGGACUAUCGAGGAUGAACCGUUCUGGACAUCUCCCUACGAUUUCUCACAAAUGAAGAUUAAGGCACCCGAUUUAUAUUCAAAACUAUCUGAAGCGAAACUAAUAAUCUUCAAGGGUGAUUUAAAUUAUAGAAAACUCAUGGGAGAUAUAAACUGGGAACAUACAACAGAUCUGGUGACCGCACUCAGGGGAUUCAGACCGAGUAAUUUGGUCACUCUAAGAACCUUGAAAGCCGAUGUAUGUGUGGGUUUAUUGCCCGGGAAAGCAGAUGACUUGUGUAGCCAACAUGGAGGUAAUGACUGGUUAGUAAGUGGUCAAUACGGCGUGAUUCAUGCAUCAAUCGAUGCUCAAGUGGAUUAAAUGCCAAAGCAGCCAGCAAAUCCAGCUCAAUGUCUUCUGAAUUACUAUCGAAUCACUAAUUCCAAUAAUUUUCAGCAAUUAUCCAAUCUUACAAUGCAGAUUUGUAGCCUGCAAACCAUACAUUUUUGGCAAAUAAUUUGUACAAUAAACUCCCGUUAGGUCACGUGCAUGCUCAUCACUAUUCACCAUUUUUAUUUAAUUAAUAGCAUUUAUUUCAUCUCACUUAAUCAUAAUACAAUUUCUAGUGAUGAUUCAUAUUAAGUAACUAUUUCAAUGUAAAUAUACGAUAAUAUUUUUUCUCUAUGACUGUACAAUCAUCUAUAUUUUUCAUACUUCAAAAAUAAUCAGAAAACAUUUCUCACACUUUUCGACAAGAAUUCUCAAAUGGUGGUCCAACAAAAUAAUAAAUCAAUUGAAAUAAAAACCGAGAAAACAGUAAAAUGUAAAAUAUUGUAAUUCUCAAUUAUUAAAUUCGUGAAUUCAAUGGUUCCGUUUACUCGAAUUCAAAAUCAUCCACGUCACAUACCUUUAUACAACAAAAUUCAUAAACAUCAUGAAUCUUCGUUCGAUCCUCAACGAGGGAUAAUAGAUUUUCAUUACUCACACUAUCAUGAAUCAUGUUCACGACUCUGUCUAUGAUUAUUAUAUCAUUAGAUUGGUAUUCAUUAAAUUAAAUCAUGUGUGCCAAAGUGACAAUAUGAUUAUUAAUGGAUGCUGUAUUUCGAAUUAAAGAGCAAGAUCUAAAAUAAUGCACCAAAGAUUCUCCAUUUAUUGCGCAUAAUAUUAUCCAUCUCUUAAUUUACUGGAAUGA